GGGGGUGUGCGCCCCCAGCCGGCUGCCCUCGUGGAUGCCUCCCGGCGGCGGCGGGCCCAUGAAAGACUGCGAGUACAGCCAGAUCAGCACCCACAGCUCCUCCCCCAUGGAGUCGCCCCACAAGAAGAAGAAAAUCGCGGCCCGGAGGAAAUGGGAGGUGUUCCCGGGAAGAAACAAGUUCUUCUGCAACGGGAGGAUCAUGAUGGCCCGGCAGACGGGCGUCUUCUACCUGACGCUCGUCCUCAUCCUGGUCACUAGCGGACUCUUCUUCGCCUUCGACUGUCCGUACCUGGCGGUGAAAAUCACUCCUGCCAUCCCUGCAGUCGCCGGCAUCCUGUUCUUCUUUGUGAUGGGGACCCUGCUCCGCACCAGCUUCAGCGACCCCGGAGUCCUCCCACGAGCCACUCCUGAUGAAGCCGCCGAUCUGGAAAGGCAAAUAGAUAUCGCAAACGGCACCAGUUCAGGGGGGUACCGCCCGCCUCCCAGAACCAAAGAAGUCAUCAUCAAUGGCCAGACCGUGAAACUUAAAUACUGUUUCACCUGCAAGAUUUUCCGGCCCCCUCGCGCCUCCCAUUGCAGCCUUUGUGAUAACUGCGUAGAACGGUUUGAUCACCACUGUCCCUGGGUAGGCAACUGUGUGGGGAAAAGAAACUACAGAUUUUUUUAUAUGUUUAUUUUAUCUCUGUCUUUUCUGACAGUCUUUAUAUUUGCAUUCGUUAUCACCCACGUCAUUCUUCGUUCACAGCAAACAGGAUUCCUAAAUGCCCUUAAGGACAGUCCUGCAAGUGUCCUGGAGGCUGUGGUGUGCUUCUUCUCUGUCUGGUCCAUCGUUGGCCUCUCAGGAUUCCACACCUACUUGAUCAGCUCCAACCAGACGACAAAUGAGGACAUUAAAGGAUCCUGGUCAAAUAAAAGAGGUAAAGAAAAUUACAAUCCCUACAGCUACGGAAAUAUCUUUACCAAUUGCUGUGUUGCCCUGUGUGGGCCCAUCUCACCAAGCCUAAUUGACAGAAGAGGGUACAUCCAGCCCGACACGCCGCAGCCAGCAGCACCCUCCAGCGGUAUCACCAUGUACGGGGCCACGCAGUCACAGAGCGACAUGUGCGACCAAGACCAGUGCAUUCAGAGCACCAAAUUCGUUUUGCAGGCCGCGGCCACCCCCCUGCUGCAGAGCGAGCCCAGCCUCACCAGCGACGAGCUGCACCUACCUGGGAAGCCCGGCCUGGGCACGCCCUGCGCCAGCCUCACACUGGGCCCGCCCACGCCGCCCGCCUCCAUGCCCAACCUCGCCGAGGCCACGCUCGCGGACGUGAUGCCCCGGAAAGAUGAGCACAUGGGCCACCAGUUCCUGACGCCCGAUGAGGCGCCCUCGCCCCCCAGGCUGCUGGCGGCGGGCAGCCCCCUGGCGCACAGCCGCACCAUGCACGUGCUGGGCCUGGCCAGCCAGGACUCCCUGCACGAGGACUCCGUGCGCGGCCUGGUGAAGCUCAGCUCCGUGUGACCCGUGUGGCCCCAGGCUGGGGAGGCACCAGAGGCUCCUCCACGGGCAGCAGGAGUGAGCGGAGGGGUGUGCUCCACAGCGACUCCCCCAGCCAAUGCCAUGGUGGAGAUAACAGCCCCAGGUCUGGGGGACACAGACCACUUAGAACGGCACAGGGCGGCCGGCCCUGGAUGCUGAGAGCUUGGUUUCAUUUGAAUUUUCUUCCCCAACCUGAGUGCUUUGACACCAAUGGAAACAGAGAAGUCGCUGCUUUCUUUUGGUGGGCCUGGGGACGGGGACCCUCCAGGGGUAGAAUCGGAGUGUGUCUGCCCGCCCUUGUGACAGACACACGGAAGGCUUCUGACACUUGUGGCCAGACUGCAACUGCACUUACGUGUUAUGCUACUAAUAUUUGAAACAGACAUGCCAUUCCAUUUGUUAAUUUUAAAAAAAGAAAAAAAAAAUCCUAAAGGGAAAAAACCGACCAGGUGUGGAUCUGCAUGCCACGCUGCCGUCUGUGUUACAGUGGUGUUGCUGUUUCCAAGGAAGUGCUGCUUUCUUUUUCUUUUUUUAAUUUUGUGAAUUUUUAAGUGCUGUUUUGUUGGAAGACAGUGCAACGAACCGAGACUGAUGGACAGUGUCCUCACUCAGCUUAUUGGGCUGCGGCAUCUGUGGAAAGGUGGCACCAGGGCUGCAGAGGGCGGCUGGGGUUCCGUCGUGUCGGGGGUCAUUUCACCUUCUGUUUGGCCGCUCGAUGAGGUCUCGUGUUGAGGUAUUGUGUGCCGCGCCCCCCACAGUCUUCACCUCCGUGUGUGAUGAAACUUCCCAUGGACAGCCAAUAAAAUGACGUCCUCUGUUAUUUUGGA